AUGACGCGCCCUCCUCUCACUGAUGCUAUCGUAGAUGACCACCAGGAGAUGUAUGAUUACUACGACAAGUACAAGGAGGCCACCGACGCGGACACCAAGGAACGUUGGUCGAACCAACUUCGAUGGGAAGUAGCCCGGCAUGCAGUUGGCGAGGAGAUCGUCGUGUAUCCGCUCAUGGAGCAAUACCUCGGAUCAAAGGGCAAGGAGCUCGCCGACGAGGAUCGCACGCAGCACCAGGAAGUCAAGGAGUUACUGUACAAGCUUGAGAGCCUAAUCGUAGGCACGGACGAGCACAAUGAUACCCUUCAGCGCGUCAUGGCACAUCUGCGCCCGCAUAAUGAUUCGGAGGAGGAGAACGACUUGCCGCCGCUCGAGGCGGCUUUGCCAGAGGGCGCAAGCGCGGAAGCCGCGGCUCGAUUCAAGCGCACCAAGAAGUUUGUGCCAACACGAGCACACCCUUCCGCGCCGAACCAGCCGCCCUUGGAGACUAUGGCAGGCUUCCUCGCCGCGCCAAUCGACAAGCUUCUUGAUGCGUUCGCCAAGUUCCCGACUGAAGAGAUGAAGAAGUCCCUUUGA